AAUUGGCCCCGAUGCUGGUGGCUCCGGAAACACCAACUUGCAGUCUCCACGCUUCAGGAGACGUGUAGGGGCCGGGUUCGACCCAACGUGAACUCUCACACGGGCGAAUGGGUUUGUCUUUCCGGGACAACAUGGCGCCGUCCACGCCGCUCUUGACAGUCCGAGGAUCAGAAGGACUAUAUAUGGUGAAUGGACCACCACAUUUUACAGAAAGCACAGUGUUUCCAAGGGAAUCUGGGAAAAAUUGCAAAGUCUGUACAUUUAGUAAGGAUGGGACCUUCUUUGCCUGGGGCAACGGAGAAAAAGUAAAUAUUAUCAAUGUCACUAACAAGGGACUACUGCACUCCUUCGACCUCCCAAAGGCAGUUUGCCUUGAAUUCUCACCAAAAAACACUGUCCUGGCAACGUGGCAGCCUUAUACUACUUCCAAAGAUGGCACAGCUGGGGCACCCAACCUACAACUUUAUGAUAUGAAAACUGGGACAUGUAUGAAAUCUUUCAUCCAGAAAAAAAUGCAAAAUUGGUGUCCAUCCUGGUCAGAAGAUGAAGCUCUGUGUGCCCGAAAUGUUAACAAUGAAGUUCACUUCUUUGAAAACAACAAUUUUAACACAAUUGCAAAUAAGUUACAUUUGCAAAAAAUCAAUGAUUUUGUAUUAUCACCUGGACCCCAACCAUACAAGGUGGCUGUCUAUGUUCCGGGAAGUAAAGGUGCACCUUCAUUUAUUAGAUUAUAUCAGUACCCCAACUUUGGUGGACCUCAUGCAGCUUUAGCCAAUAAAAGUUUCUUUAAGGCUGAUAAGGUUACAAUGCUGUGGAAUAAAAAAGCUACUGCUGUGUUGGUAAUUGCUAGUACAGAUGUGGACAAGACGGGCGCUUCCUAUUAUGGGGAACAAACGCUACACUACAUUGCAACAAAUGGAGAAAGUGCUGUGGUGCAAUUACCAAAAAAUGGCCCCAUUUAUGAUGUAGUUUGGAAUUCUAGUUCUUCUGAGUUUUGCGUUGUUUAUGGUUUUAUGCCUGCCAAAGCGACAAUUUUCAACUUGAAAUGUGAUCCUGUAUUUGACUUUGGAACUGGUCCUCGUAAUGCAGCCUUUUAUAACCCUCAUGGACAUAUAUUAGUAUUAGCUGGAUUUGGAAAUCUGAGAGGACAAAUGGAAGUAUGGGAUGUUAAAAACUACAAACUUAUUUCUAAACCAGUGGCUUGUGAUUCUACCUAUUUUGCUUGGUGCCCAGAUGGUGAGCAUAUUUUAACAGCCACAUGUGCUCCCAGGUUACGUGUUAAUAAUGGGUACAAGAUUUGGCAUUAUACUGGCUCUAUCUUGCAUAAAUAUAAUGUGCCAUCAAAUGGAGAAUUAUGGCAGGUUACUUGGCAGCCAUUUCUGGAUGGAGUAUUUCCUGCAAAAACAAUAACUUACCAGGCAGUUCCAAGUGAAGUACCCAAUGAGGUACCUAAAGUUGCAACGGCUUAUAGACCCCCAGCUUUAAGAAAUAAACCCGUCACCAAUUCCAAACUGCAUGAAGAGGAACCACCUCAGAAUAUGAAACCACAACCAGGAAAUGAUAAGCCAUUAUCAAAAACAGCCCUUAAAAAUCAAAGGAAGCAUGAAGCUAAGAAAGCUGCAAAGCAGGAAGCAAGAAGUGACAAGAGUCCAGAUUUGGCACCUACUUCUGUCCCACAGAGUACACCUCGAAACACUGUCUCUCAGACAACUUCUGGAGACCCUGAGGUAGACAAAAAAAUCAAGAACCUAAAGAAGAAACUGAAAGCAAUUGAACAACUGAAAGAACAAGCAGCAACUGGAAAACAGCUAGAAAAAAAUCAGUUGGAAAAAAUUCAAAAAGAGACAGCCCUUCUUCAAGAGCUGGAAGAUUUGGAAUUGGGUAUUUAAAGAUUCAAAGAAAGCAAGUUGGUGACCUGAAAUCAGUACAAACACAUCUUCUGUUAAAAUCAUUUGUAUAUGCAGAGUAUCCAUGUGCCCCUACUUAAUCUAUCGUUUUAACCAUUCAUCUAAGAUUCUGCAUUCUUGCAAAGUUACUUAAUAAUGUCUAGCAAAUUGAUGUUUACAUCCUGCAUCCUAUAUCAUGUCAAGGUGUGAUAUAGAGAAGAGAUGAAUUUUUUAAACUUGACAGGUUGAAAUACAAAUCUCAUUGUUUUUUGGUAGGGGACAGUAUUUACUGCAUACAUGAAUAAAGAUAUUAUAAAU